AUGCUGUUCAUCCUGUGGGAGUCUGAGAAUCCCUCCAGUGUCCAACAUGUGCAUCGCCCUAGCCACCCUAGCCAGGGCAUAUCCAUGCCCGAAUGCCGGCGAAGACCCAGUUCAGCAUCCAGGAUCUACGUUUCGUCCGGCUUGGGGGGCUUUUGGGUUGGCCACGGGCCACGUCGCCUCCUCAAUGGGCCCUCAUUGAAACCCCAAAAUUUGUGGUCGUCGGCGACUCAGUGA